AUACCUGUAAAUGUCUUUUGAUUACCAGUGUGCCAUUUCAAGAUCGGCCGUCAUCCUUCGUUAUUUAUGACCUUGUAAUCAAUUUGACAGGGAUGUAGAUCUCUCUUGUUCUUCUGCCAAAAGAAUUCCAUUUGCAAUAUCUCAAGCUUUGUUUAUUACUGCGUGUUAAAUUGGCAAGCUGUUGUAGAUACCAAAUCUCAUCAAAUUUCAACGAGCUUUAUUUUGAGAUGAUGACUUCGAAAAACUUGGUCAUGGACUUCAUCGACUAUUCUAUUGAGAGCUCAAUUCUUUGAAUCCAAUAUCGAAUAUGAAUGAUAGUGAAACCACUAGACUGAUUGAGGAUUACUGCAUACACAGGAUACGAAGGGAGAGCAUCGAACUUCCAUCUUACCAACAUGUAAACAGAGAGCCUUAUGCUCCUGUCGCAGCAAGAAUGAGAGAAAUAGGUGAAGAAAUCGAGAGAACAAAUCCAGAGUUUUUUUCGGGUUGUUGUGAGGAACUGAACAUCAGUGCGACUACCGCCUACGCCAAAUUCAAGGACCUGGCCGAUGAGCUUUUCAAGGAUCAAGAAAACGGAUCAAGAGGUGUAACGUGGGGGAGGAUAGCAGCUUUAAUAGCAUUCAGUGGUCGGCUCUCUGUACAUUGUGCUAGUAAUAACUUAGAAGACUUAGUCCCUAGUAUUAUAGGCUGGACGUCCAGAUAUGUGGACACUAAAUUAUUACCCUGGAUGCAAGACCAUCAGAACUGGGAUGGCUUCAUGGAUUUCUUUGAUCGGAACCAAGCAGCUGAACGAGCUCAAGAAUCCCUGUCAAAAUUUGUGAGGACUGCAUGUGGAUACGCUGUCGUCGGGGCCGGGAUCGCAGCACUUGGGAUGUUCCUGCGCAGGUGAAAAAAGGACACCGAAGGUCGCUUGUAAGCAUUUGUGGUGCAACGGCGUCUAAAGCGUGACUCGUGAAUAUCCCCGUGCUGCGGAAUGCCUCUCUAUGAUUUCCAGUCUGUGGUUUGUGCUAUUGAUCGCAGUGUCUGCUGGUGUCCCGUUAGUCGAGGUCCGACCCUGAGCGCCGACGACGUCUGAUCCAGAUAGCCGAGCGGAGAAAUCCACCGCCAUCUUCAAGUGUGAAGAAAUCACUUGCAUGCCUUGCUAUGCUAUUAAACAAGAAAGCGAAAGGAUUUGUGAUUUCUGCAAACUCUGCACCGUUGUCUCUGCGUCAGUCACCGCUUCAAGUUCUAUUUAAAGUGAAGCUGAGUCUUCAAGCACUUCUGGCUGCAUCUGCAUCACUUCAUCGGUUGAAACCAGUACAGCAUGACUUGCGCGUGUAAACACUGAUUCACAAUAUGUGAUUGUAAUGCUAUCUCCAUUGCCAUUCCAUCAUAUAAAUAUAUGUAUUAAUAGGAGCAUUAUUAUGGUGCUUUUGUCAAAUAGGAAAUGUCCGCUGUAAAAUCCCAAGUUCCUGUCCCCUCUACAGAGAGUGCAACUGUUCAUCAUUUUCUGCUCCCAAUUAUUUCCUAUUCCAAUAUGUCUUCAUCCAUUCAUGCUCUGAGACAUUGAGAGUGUAAGCUUGUACCCCAAAUGCCAAAUUCAAUUAUAUAUUGGACCUUAUGAAAAGCAGUCCUAACAAAUGAUGGUCCUUGUAAGUCAACUUGUCCAAAGUCUGUGCCAUGUGUUUUGUCCGGAAUCCCGCAAUGAGGUGCUUUGCAUCUUUUCAUUGCAGCUUUCCUGUGUGUCUCCAUUUUCUUGUCAAGGAUGUUCUGUGAGGAUUAGUAAUGAAAACCUGCUCGCAGGAUUCCUGCAGGAAAACUGGGGCUCUGACUUUCGACAAGGUGGCUAUAAACGUUGGUCUUCACGAAACAUGAGCUUGGCCCCCAAAAUCAACCUUAAAGUCUUUUGUAGUGGCAAUUUGUGUUUGGACUACAUGUGUUUAGUUAGAGCAAGUAGUGUGUACAGUAGAUAGAAAUAUGCCAGAUAAUAGAAAAUAUUUCAUUGUUUUACCCAUGUGAGAAAUGAUUGACAAAAUAGAAAUAUAUGACCCUUUUUUUCAUAUGUCCAUGAGGAAUAAAAGAAAGAAAACGAAAUCUUUCCUGUACAUAAAAUGUAUUUACCUGUAGGUAUGUUGAUUUCUGUAAUGGAAGAAAGCAAAUACCUCUUUUCAAGUGCAAUGUAACGUAGGUUAAUCAUUAAAGAGAGGGAAAAAAUAAGUAAAAAAAAGAUAAGUAAAAAAAAAAUGUUAAGCUAUUAUAAAGGGUUUAUAAUUUCUGCCCUUAUUGGUUAGCUGGGACAGUUAACAUUUUAUAUUGACAUGUUGCAUAGCAAGGUGCUAAUCUCAAUGAAACUAUCAAACUUUAUAUUGUAAGUAGGGCCAUGAAAAGUUCGUAUAGAACAACAAAAUCAUAAUUUUUCCUUGGGUCAUUUCCUUCAAAAUGUUACCCUUAGAAUAUCUUGUGAAAUUCUGUUGUCAACGAGAAUAUUUUUGGUAUUUAUAUUUCAGUAGUCAACCUAAUAAAGUAUCAUAAGACAACAAGUUCAAAUAGAAAUUACUUGGUAAUAAUAAACAUAAUUGAUUAUAAUAAUAUGUAGCAUUUAUGAGGCGCCGAUUAUCUAGUUGCCUAUUCUAUGCUGCACAAUAUAUAUUACCACAGCUUCAGCUCCAGCUGCUAAAGGCGCUUGGGUGCAUUCAAGGAAUUAAUCCUGCCGGGUACCCAUUCACCUAACCUGGGUUGAGUGCAGCACAAUGUGGGUAAAUUUCUUGCUGAAGGAAAACACGCAAUGUCUGGGAUUUGAACCCUUGUCCCUCUGAUUUUAAGACGAGAGUCAUAACCACUAGACCACAAUGCUUUUUUUUUUUACUUCAGCAGAUGUGCUUGUAUUAUGUAUUUGUAAUACAUAUAUGGCUACUAAAAGGAGAACAAAAUUAUACAUACUUUUCUAAAUUUUCCAAAAUGAUUGCAUUAUAUCCAUAAUUCAAUAAUCUGUUAGGAAUAUAAUCUUUCAUUAUUUAGUGUUGUGCCUUGAAGCAGAUGAAAAAUAUACAUGUAGAAAUUUCCAUGCCAUUCCUGAUUGAAAAUUAAGGUAUGUUACCUUUUCGUAUUCAAAUAAUAAACAUCUGGGUUAUAAAAAGAAUAACCCACAUAAGGUACCUAUUGGAACCAUUCUAACAUGCUUAAGAUGGUAGUUGAGUGUGUUUGACAAUCUCAGGUGUUAAAUACACCAUGGGUUUUUAACAUAACACCAAGUAGCCUUGAAAUAAUGUAACAAGCAGAAUGUUUUAUGAUAACACCAUAUUGAAAUAAAACCAUGAAUUGACACUGAUGUGUUUCUCUGUAAACACUGAUGGUGUUGGUUUAAUGCCACUUAUUACCAAAUAGUGUUAGAUAACUAACCAGAUGUGUAUGAUAACGCCAGUGGAUUUUAAACUAACACAAUGAAUUAACACUGGUGUAAAAUAGCUAUUGCAUUUCUCUAUAAACACUCGUGUUGGUUUGACAUCAUUUCUUGUGUUGUCAAAGAAACUUUAAACAUCAUUGGAUCAAAGUUUUUUUCAUCUUGCUGUAUGUGCUAAGAGUGAAGUUAGUGUCGCAUUGUAUCAAAGCAUUUUACCACACCAGGGGGCCUAUCGCAAAAAUAGUCGCCAUCCAUAUCAAUACAAAAAAACAAACGCAACUCCAAAAUGUGCGAUUCUGACUGGUUGGAAAACAAGUUGUGAUGGAAUUUUAGAGUUGUGUUUGAUUGUAACUCUUUUUGCAACUGGUCCCUAAUAUGCAAAACAUGUUUUUAAAUCUUCAGAGUCAAAUUUCGCCCGAGUCAAAAAGGUUUGACUUACGUAGAUUCAACUAAACAUGUAUACAUGUAUCUGUAUCAUUAGGGAUCUAUGCGUGUGAAUUAAUUUUUUUCUUCAUCACAAUUACAUUAUCACAUAAUAUGUUUACAUUGGUAACAGUGGAAUUUAGCUACAUACAUUCUUCAGUAUUCCUUUUUCAGAAUAUACCUGUAUUGCUCGUACCGAGGUGUGUUGUCUCAUGAAAAAUCAUACAAUUUGAAUUGCUAUUCAAGAUUAUUUAUUGCUGUUUCGUCAGUCCUUGUAAGCUAUGGGAGCUCUAUACAUGUAUAUGGCGUUUGAUUGAAAGCUCACUUUGCGCACAGAGCUAAUUGAGGGAAUAAUGGCAAAGAUUUUGUUUGCAAAGAUUUUCUUUUUCAAUUUGACCACUUGGUUAUACCAUCCAAAGGUACCAUUUAUGUUGGUUACUUCAGCAAGUAUUAAUGAUACAGAGAGGCUACUAAAAAUAUCCACUGCCUGAGGUUUUAAGUGAUAAAGAAAUUGCAGGAUUAAAAAUUAAAGUGCAGUUUUUGUGUAUAUCGGACAAGAUGUUAUCAAAAGGUACAUGUAUUUUUAGAGUUUGGGUAUUUUGCUGCAAAAUUUUGAAUGAAUGCUGUUUAUUGAGAGUUAUGGUAAUUGGAUUGUUUCAUCACUUAGAUUUUGUUUAAUAUACCUGCAACUCACUCGCGGUUAGCUCAUGCUGUAUCAAGGAAAAAGGGUGGGAUGGGGGGGGGGGGGGCUCCUUAAACUUAAUCCAAAUCAGCAACUGAUAUAAACCACUUUAAUUUUCAGCUUGUAUGAGUUGUGAGUGUGUUUAAUGUGAAUGUUAAUUGUAAAAAUGUAUGAUGUGUUUAUUUAUAUAUUUUUUUUAAGUUGCUCAUUAUUUUCAGCCAUCGGAAGGAUCUGUGUACUGUAGAUUUGAAUUUAUUCAGUUUUUGUCAAUGGAUAUUCUUUACAUUUAAAAUGUUUUAUUAAAAAAUAUGUCAUCCAAGUAACAUUCAAGUAACAGAAGUACUGGUAGGAAAGCACACAAUCUCUCCUCUAUUCUUUUCAGAUUUUCUCCAUUCGAAUCAAUUUACAUUAUGAUGAUGAUGACGAUGUUGAUUAUUAUAACAACAUUAUCGUCAUUAAGAACAGUAUUAUCAUUUUCAUCAUCUGAUGGUGAUAGUACUAUUUCUUAAGUUACUGUUUUUAAUGACGACAAUGACGAUGAUGAUGAUAAUCACUUUCUAAAUAUUACCAGGUUUGUCAUCACUGUCAUUAUCAUCAAUUAUAUACAUGUGUGAACAAGAUUCCCAUAUGAGGCUAAAACCUCUGAUUUUCAAUCACAUUUUCUCAUAAAACAGAUAAUUCAGUGGACUUUAUCAUUGUUUGCACUAAUCUAACAUGCUCUGCAAGUCAUCAUUUUCAAAGAAAACAUAAAUGCCUAGAUUGUAUCCUUAUCCCACCUAUAAGGUUUCAUGUCAGUAAAAAGUAAAUCUAAGAAAACAGCAGGCUGUUAUUAAGAAUGAUGUAAUUAAGAAAUAGAGAUUUAUUCAGAUAUUUUAACUUGAUGUGGUGUUAGCUCGAUGUUUGUAAUUAAAGAUGUUUUUUGCUCUUAUCUUAACUAAAACACAUUUUCAUUUGCGGAAAGUUAUUAUACCAUGUUCAUUUAAGUUACCAAAUUUUUUUUUUACUACUAUAAUGAACAGGAAUGUAGUCCAGGCCACAUUUUGCGAGCCUCGUCCCGAGUCACAUGUACAAUGCUUUUCUUUACUACUAUAAUGAACAGGAAUGUAGUCAAGGCCGCAAUUUGCCAGCCUCGGCCUCAGCCGGAGUCACAUGCACAAGGUUUUCUCCAGCGGCCUCGUGACUUAGAAGUACCGGCCUUGAUUAUAUCCCUGAUAAUGAAUUUGUAGGCAAUUCUAUCCUGUUCUGUUCGUUUCUCCUCUCUUUCUCAUACACAAGUUUCUCCAUUUGUCUUCUCUCUGUUAUUUCAUUCCUUUCUUCUUCAAAUCCUUUUCUCUUUUAUAAUGUCUCUUUGCACUUGCCAAUCGCCACUAUCUUGGAAACAUUUCACAAACUGUUUUUUUCAUUGAUUUCCACCAACUUAUUUGCUCUUAGCCAAUCAGAUGCAAGGAUUUUGGUAGCUUGUAACAGUUGUCAGUGAAAAUCACUGUGGCCCGAAUUCACAAAGGUGGUUUUGAAAACCCACUGUUGAAUCCAUGGUUUAUGCAGAUUUCUUGUAUAAAUUACGCUUAUUUUACCGCGUAUAUUAAAAAAAUGUCCCAUGCUGAUGCACGCUUUUGGCCCAGUGCGCCAAAUUGACACCUGUUGCCGUGGUUAUCCAUGCUAUUUUAUUCAUGAGUCCAUUCUUCAAACAGUGGACUCAUGAAUAACCAUGGUAACAGGCAUCAAUUUGGCGCAUAGUGACAAAAGCGUGCAUCAGCAUUGCAAUUUUUUAUACACGCGCUCAAUUUAUACAGGAAAUCUGCAUAAACCAUGGAUUCAACCGUGGGUUUUCAAAACCACCUUUGUGAAUUGGGCCUUGUGUUUUGUAAAAUGCUCCCCAUCUUUAUAGAAAUCUGAUCAUCACCAUCAACCUGAUCACCAUCCAUUUUUUUCCAAAUCGAGAUUUUUUAAAAUUUAUUUAUAGAAUAUAAAUCCUAUUUUAUUUUCCUACAGUCAAAUAUCUCUAAAAGUCUAGAUUCAUGCAGAAUAAUAAAUUGUGACUUGCAUUACGAUUCGCUGAAAAUUUAGGCAUUUGGUAUUCUUCCAAAUAUCUUCCUGUAUCCCUCCUCUCAUUAUACCCAAUAUCCUUCAUUUGCAAUUAGUUAUACAUGCAUGCACUUGUGUAAGCAACAAAAACGCAUUAGUUCAUUCAUGGAAGAAAUACCAUUUUGUAUAUUACAUGUACUAUAUAAGCUAUGUACCCACGGCAACUAAUUAUGUGUUGUUAGGGACAAUGAAUAGAUUUUGAUGCAUAUUCUAAUGUUCUUGUGAGGUUUUUUGUGUAGUUGUUAAAAAACUUGAUGGAAAGUUUGCUAUUUAUUUUUAUAUGAUGAAACUGUGUCUGUGAAAUAUUCCUUGCUCUGUGUAUACGUGUAUGUACUUUAUUUGAGAAGAGAACUAGUUUUAUCUUGUCAUGUUUUAUUUAGGUGGAGAUUUGGAGUGGUUUGGUGGCAUGUAUAUAUAUACUGCAUUAUAAACAAAAGACAGACUUUGAUAUGACAUAUGUUUGUCGGAGUAUGACUCAGAAAUGAUCAAACGUCAGACGAUGUAUAAGUUUCUGUUUUGUAGCUGUUUUAUACCCGUUUCAUUUACUAAUCUCUAUGGAAAAAGCUAAAUGGACGAAUUCACAGUUUUCUAGCCCCUUUCCAAAAAGGCUAGAAAACUGCCUUUUUCUAAAAGGGCCAGAAAACUGCUUUUAAAAAAGAGAAAAACAGGUACAAAUCAGUUAUAGUACACCAAGUUAAAGGGUGAAGGAGUAUAUAUGUUACUCAUAAACAGUGAGCAUUUAUUAGCUGGCAUAAUGUAGCAAGUACUAUGCUGUGUGCCAAUCCGAUAUAGAAAUAUCUUAAAAUAAAUUAUCAGCACAUUACAGAGAUCCCAGUUAUAA